UUGCGUUACAUUGUAGCAAAAUGGCGGCUGUCAUUCAGAAUCCACUAAAAGCGUUGGGUGACCAGUUCUAUAAGGAGGCCAUUGAGCAGUGCCGCAGCUACAAUGCCCGCCUGUGUGCCGAACGCAGCGUCCGCCUGCCAUUCCUGGACUCACAAACCGGUGUGGCCCAGAACAACUGCUACAUCUGGAUGGAACGACACCAUCGCAGCCCAGGGGUUGCUGCAGGACAGAUGUACACAUACCCCGCCCGCUGCUGGAGGAAGAAGAGACGGCUGCACAACACCACAGAUCCCCGCCUGGGCAUCUAUGGUCUACAGCUCGAUGGCGGCCUCAUGUCCAGGGACAGCCUGCCCACCCAGAGCACCACGCUGGAGGCUCUGCUGCGAGGAGAGGGUCUCGACAAGAGGAACAACUCUAAGAACGAUGAGGAGAGCUUGCUGGAGAUCCAGAGGGUUUUGGAGGCGGACGCAGCAGAAGAUGCUUUCAACGAUGAUGAUGACUUCGAAGUAGACACUCCCAAGAGGAGACAUCGGGGCAAAGGAAGAGGUCGAGGUUCAGGCCGUAGGAGGACUGACAUGGAUGAUGAUAAGCCAUAUGUCUGUGACAACAGAUACAAACAAAAGCCGAACUCAAAAUCUUCGACCUCAGUCUGUGCAAAGCGCUACAGGAACCGUACAGGACUAAGCUACCACUACACCCAUUCCCACCUGGCAGAGGAGGAGCGAGCUGGAGAGAGGAGCUCUGUGGCACCCAGACCACCUUCUGUACCACAGACUGACAGACACAAGCGUAAGGAGCCAAACUCCCAGCUGGAUAGAACACAUUGUCCAAAGGGUCCAGGUGGGGCAAGCAUUCCCAACAACUACUGUACUAAAUGCCAGGGCUCAAACAAGAAAACGGGUAAAUCGGGGUCUCCCUUCUCAACCUGUCAAUGCACAACUGACUGUGGAGAAGAGAAGGAGGACGGGACCUUCGCCGGAGCAGAUGAGCUGUUCGGCACCACCUCUGAGAGCGACACUUCCACCUUUCAUGGGUUCGAGGACGAUGAUCUUGAGGAGCCUGGCACAAACAGCAACGGAAUAACUAACCGACACAGAUAGAGAAAACCUUCUAGAUUUAAAGACUUUUUUUAUAAGGAUUAACCUCUGGCAAAAAUCUGCUGCUUCUUUUUCAAUGUUUUUUCGUUUGCGGAAAGCACAAAGUGAUCAUUUCAGGACAGAAAUGCAAGUGGUAUUUUAUCUACUGAACAUUAUUGAAUAAUUUAUGAGUACCUUUUUAUAUAUAAAUAUAUAUAUUAACUUUUAAGACGGUGAACAACUGUCAGUGUUUUUUGACGGGUGACUCGGUCUCCAUGCAAAACAGAAGAUAAUGUUUUUUUUUCCUCACUGGAGCAGAAGGAGCAUAAACGUUUUGAACAAAAAACACUGGAGAAAUCUGAACAAUUGCAAAUUUGAAAUGCAUUAGUAGUAAAUCAUCUCCCAACAGUGUUUUUGGGAGCUGGUUGAAUGUCAUUGUAGACCCAAACGUAAGCUACUGGAUGUUUUUUGAAUCGGUAGUUGCUGUGAUGAUGAAGGUCUCUUUUUUUCCUGCUUUAACUCUUGAUUAAACUUAUAUAAAAAUGAAGGAACUAAUGAAAGGACUUCCACAAUCCACUGGAAAUAUUUGGAGAUGAAGAAAAUCAUUAAGAAUUCAAGAUAUAUUUAAAUAAAAGGUAAGCAGCAACAUUUUCUUUUUUCCUUAGAAAUAUAGGAAAUCUGGACAUAAUUGAGAAGCAAAUAUUUUACCAUUAAAGCAACUUAGUAAGGAAAAAAUGAGAAAAACUUCUCCGUCUAGUAUUUUUUACAGAAGCAACCAGAUGCAAGUUUGAUCGAAACAAGAUAAAACCCUACUUCCAAAUAAUGUGGGGAUGAUGCAUAAAAAACAAAACCAGCUCAUCAUUGACUUAUUUAUUUACAUUUUACACAGCAUCCCAACUUUUUAGGAAAUUGGGUUGUAGUGCUGUGGGUUGAAUUAUAAUCAGGAUUAAUUCUUAAAAUUCUUGCUGUUAAUCACAAUUAAUCUCACCUUUUUGUUGUAGUUUGAAAUUCUGGAUUUGUGAAUUUCAAACUUUUUUUUUAAGAAUUAGUUUUAAAAAUGAGGGUUAGAAAAAAAGGAAAACGUUUGAUAAUAGAAGGUGCAGAUGACUCCUGACUUUCCAAUGAGCUAACAGGUUUUUUUGUUUUUUUGUUUUUUUUAAAGUAAAAUGAGACAUUAAGGAGUGGUGGUGUAUUUAUUAUAAAACAUUGUGGCUGCACAGAGACGCUGCAGUGGCUUCACCAAAGUGUGCUAGAUGAAAAAUAAAGCAUGUGUUUAAUUGUCCAUCCAUACAUCUGUUUUCUUCGGUUUAUCCGGGGCCGGAUCACAGCGGCAGCAGGCUUAGCAACUCAGCCCAGAAAUCCCUCUCCCCAGCGACAUUUUCUAGGUCUUCCUGGAGGAUUCAAAGGUAUUCUCAGACCAAAUGAGAUAUAUAAUCCUUCCAUGAAGCCCUAGGCCUACCUCUUGGUCUCCUCCCAGUUAGACAUGCCCUGUAGACCUCCACAGGGAGGCGACCAGGAGGCAUCCGAUGCCGAACAACCUCAACUGGCUCCUUUUGACAAAGGAGCAGCGGUUCUACUUCAAGCGCCCUCAGGAUGUCUGUGUUCCUCACCCUAUCUCUAAGGCGUUCACAGGUCAGAUGACAUAUAUAAUCCCUCCAGCAAGUCUUAAGUCUACCCUGGGGCUCUCCUUCCAGUUGGAUGCGCCUGGAAGACUUCAACAGGGAGGCGAUCAGGAACCACUUCAACUGGCUCCUUUUGAGACGAAGGAUCCCUCCAGGUGUCUGAGCUCCUCACCCUAUCUCUAAAACUGAGCCCAGACACCCUCUUGAGGACUCUAAUUGAACCCAUGAUCUCAUUCUUUCAGUCAUUACCCAAAGCUCAUCACCAUAGGUGAAGGUUGGAAUGAAGAUCGACUGGUAAAUUAAGAGCUUUGGCUUCUGCCUCAGCUCCCUCUUCACCACAAUGAUCUGGUACAAUAUCUGCAAUACUGCCUAUACUGCAAUAAUCUGCCUGUCAAACACGGUCCAUUCUACUAAAUAUGAACCCUAUUGGAAUUAAUGCAUUAAUGCCAACAAUGUCAUUUUCACUUUCUGAUACUCUGAUUUUUGACCCUCUUAACUAAACUUAAAUUGGUCUGGGAAAAUGCUGCAAAAGCCACCAUCUGCCUCUACUGAACAUUGUGUUUAGAGUUAUUUAGCAGCUGUUGUGAUCUGCCAACAUUUUAAACUUAGUGGCUGAAGUGGUAAAAACAAAAUCAUUUAAGCAUCUGCAUGCUUUCAUCAUCAUUGUGUCCAUGUUGGCAUGCUGCUAACUUUAGAGUAUUAUAUUUCAGACUUAUCAUUGUUGAGUCUAACCCCUGUUGUCUGUGGUCUUUACUGUAGGAGCACUCAGCACAUUGGCUCAUGGCCCAGCAGUGGGGGUGACUAGUGAAGAAGAGGAUUUUAUCUCUCAAAACUAAUGAGCCUUCAUGUCCCUCCUGAUUCGGGCCUAAAAUAACAGACUGAAACGGAUGAAUGGACAUCCAGCACUUUUUCAGGCCAUCAGGCUUAAUUGAAGCAAAAGCUCCCCUGAUGAUAUGUAUCGAUCCCUUCAGAACAUUUGAAAUGUGAGUACAUGCAGCUUCAUUUCAUCCUCCCUGCACUGUGCUGGAGCUCCACUGAACUAUGGGAACACUAAAGGCCCGGCCUUUGGACUGUUUGUGCCCAACGGGUGCGUUUGGGGCCCAGCCUGCCCGCUCCCGCUAUGUGACUGUGUGUGCUGCGUGAUCCGAUGUGACACUAAGACGUCAUUAUCCUCAUCACUGUGCCAGCCUGCCGCUCUGCACUGGAAACCAGCUCUGACAGCCAUGACCCUCCAACCUGAUUGGACCAGUGACCCCCCCUGACCCCUCAGCCAUAGAGAUGGUGCUCAAAUCCACCAAUACUACAUGCAGACCUCUGGACUACUGUAUUAAUACUCUGCUUCUGUCCCUCUGUCUCUUAACUCUCUAUACUUCGAAUGAAUCGCAGUAAUUUAGCUCUUUUUUUGCAUCUUUUCUCUGUUGUAAAAUAUUUCUAUGUUUGAACUCUUUAAAGUUUGAUUAGUACGACUUCUUGGGGUUUGUUCGGACUGUAUCAAUACCUCUGUCCUGAUCAGGUGCACAAUAGCCACAACUACUCAGGCAUCUUUCAUUUCCUCUGCUGUUGAUUGUUCAGCCCAGAUUCACCUGAUUGUAUUCAGUUUGCACAGAGGGACAACAACGCCACACCAGGAUCCCGUCGUAAUCAACUCCCAGGAGGAGGUUGGGAUUCUGCAGUCUGCUUUUGGAAAAAAAAAACUUUGCAAUAACAAGCUUCUUUUGUGUCCUACUCUCAAUGCUGAAUCUCUCCUCUCUGUUUGAAGUCAACCGUCUCUGUAGAUUGUGAAUAGCAAGAAUCAUCUCCGUUAAAAAACUUAGUAAAAAGUGAAAACUGUAAGUCCAAGUUCUGUGUGACAUUUCCGCUGAGUGCUUUUGAGGGCCUAAUUGCUUUAUGACAUUUAGACGGUGCUUGAAGUUCUGUAUCAAAAAGCCUUUGGGUCCGUAGGUUGCUGAUACUGUGUAAGAAGUGUGUCCUUCAGUGUGAUUAUUCAGUACCGCUGCAGUGUAAAAGCUCACCAUUAAUCCUACGUGUGUAUGACUUGUUGCAUUGAAACCAUAUUUCUUCACUUCCCUCAGGGACCCUCGUCCACACAGCAGUUUAUCUCCUCCAGACUACGAAUGGAUCUUAGACUUCUCAAUUAUCUAGUCUUCUCUUGUCCGAUGUUUCCACAGUGAGAUGGGCCAUUGUGUCUUUAAAUCUUCCAAAGUCAUGCCUGUAAGUGAAAGCAUGUGUCAUCAAUCAUAACCUGCUUUAGUGUUAACCUGCUGUUUCUGACCAGGCCUGGAGUGGUGCAGCUCUGAACAAUAGGAGAAGCUCCUAAAUGCAAAAGUGAGCAAAGUCUGCUUCGAGUAAUGUGUCACCAAUCAUUGAAUAGCCUGUAUACCUCGUCAAUGACACAGCAAUAGGCCCUGGUACUCUCCUGAGGGGGUGGAGAGGGAGGAUCGGGGUGGGAUUGGAGCCAAGAGGAGAUGAAAUUGACAUGACUGGGUGUUUAGUUUCAUCUUCAGCUGUAAAUAUACGAGUGGAAAUGGAGAGAAUGAAGAAGUCUUUGUUUGUUA